CCACUUGAUGAAUUGCUUUCCACCAUGCUUAAAUUCAUUGACCGAAUAGUAGUCAACUUUGCACCACUCAACCCUGCAUCCCGGUCAGCAAGGGCCUUCCUCCAACGACUCGUCACAGACGGAAACCGACAAUCAAACCCAAAAUGCAACGUCGUGAUCAACAUGUCGGAUAAAGUGGGAAAGCCAACUAUCGAAGUACUCUACACAAACAAACAGGCGCUGAAACUGGAUACGGAAACGUUAACCGCCGCAGAGAUUGCCAAGGAUGUGAAUCGUCUGUCAAAACGGCUGCAAUUGGAAGAAGAUAUUGCCCAAUCUGGGUAGAGCUGAUGUUUGGAUGAGGGACGAGUAGAUUUCUUGAAUUACACGUUGGUUGCGGACAAUGAUGCGGAGCGCUAUGUAAGGAUAUCAAAAAGCCGAGCGGCUGCAAUCAAAACCCCGCUUCGCAGGUCCGCAUGGCGAAAUCAUGACAACAGACAGCAAAUGUACAAAUAAAUACAUAUUUAUAUAGUAAAUAGAUGCCUUGUGCGAUAUUAGUGCGUGACA